AUGGCAACCGCUCUUGAUCCUGUAUCUGCGACCGCGACAUACACAAGGUUGCACAUAACACCUCUGGACCCCAGCCUUCUGCGAGCUAUCCUCCCACCAUCGGUCCUCCCCAGCGCGCGGAAUAUUUCCUACCACACGAUUGCGACUUUUCCUGAGAAAGGCUACGGAUUCUUGGAUCUGCCAGUCAUGGACGCCGAGAAAGUUAAGAAGAAGCUCAAUGGAGCGAUUCUAAAGGGGAGCAAGAUCCGAAUUGAAAAGGCCAGGCCGGAAAAGAAGCUGGACGUCGCAGUCGAGGAGGAGCCCGAAGCGCCCAAGAAGCAAAAGAAACAUUCGAAGAAGAGGAAGAGGACCGAUGAUGCGAUACCCGGGGCUGAGAUUGGGGAGAGAUCGGUGAAGAGAGGCUGGACAACGCCAGUUGCGACAAAGUUGAAGGAUAAGGAGGUGGACAAGAAGAAAAUAAAGUCGAAAUAUACUACGGGGCCGGAAUGCCUUUUCAAGACGGUUGUACCACCCAAUGUUGCGUCUGUGUCGAAGAUUACAGAGAAGCCGGACAAGAAGAAGAGAGGAAAGCCCGGGAAAGAGACAGUGGUUCACGAAUUCUCAAAGACGACAAAAUAUCCUACAUUUUUGAAGACGACAUCAAGUGGUAAAAAGGCGGUAUCAGCAGAGUUUGUAGAGGGCGAAGGGUGGGUUGACGAGGAGGGCAAUGUGGUGGAUGAGGUGGUCAAGACGACGAAGAAGGUUGUGAGUUUGGAUAAACCGAAGAGGAAAAGGAAAGAGGCUACACCAGAGCCGGUCAUUGAGGAGGAAAGCAGUUCGGAUGAAAGCUCUAGUUCUGAGGACAGCUCUGAGAAAGAGGAAGUAGAAAGCGAGAAAGUGGCAUCACCGUCAGUAAUAGAGAAGAAGGAUAGCACUUCCAGCGAAAGCUCUAGCGACGAAGACAGUUCUUUGGAAGAGGAACCAGAAUCUGAGCCAUCGGCAUCAGCGCCGGGGUUAGAGAAGGAGGAUAGCCCUUCUGGUGAAAGCUCAAGUGACGGUGAUAGCUCAGAAGAUGAAGCGGAGGCCCAAACUGCUGCGCCAGCCGUCACGUCAAUACUCAAAGCAACACCUCCCACAAUACCCGACACCACAAAGAAAGAAGCAGAGUCGCCGACGUCAAGCUCGUCUGAUUCCGAGAGCGACUCAGAUGAUUCUACUGACUCUUCUUCCGAUGACGAUGAAGCUGACAAAGAUAUUUCAAUGUCCAUCCCCGAAAGUGCGACAGAUUCCCGUCCAAUAUCCCGUCCCCAAUCAUCUUCUGGCCCACCGAUAAACCUUUCAAUCAAAAUCCCUGCACCACCAACAACAACAGAAAUACACCCCCUCGAGGCUCUUUACAAACGUCAGAAAACGGGCACAGAAACCGCACCAAAACCAGCUACAGAAUCAUUCUCUUUCUUUGGCACAGACGACGCCCAGAAUGAGUCUGAAGCCGAAGAAGCCACUGAUCAAGUUCCUCUAACCCCAUACACCCAGCGAGAUUUCGAAUACCGCGGUUUAAGAAGCGCAGCACCAACACCAGAUACCGCCCAUGCGAGCAAACGCUUUCUUUGGCCCUCAUCACGCGACGAUGAUGAGGACGAUACACCAAGUUCACCUAUCAGAGGCAAGGCGGAAAGUAGUAAAGAGAAAGGCAAGGAAAAGGCGGUGGCUGGUAAUGAAAAGAAGGAAGAGGAAAGCGAUUUUCAGAAAUGGUUUUAUGAACAUAGAGGCGAUACUAAUCGUGCGUGGAAGAAGCGGAGGAGGGUCGCGGGGAAGGAGAAGAGACAUAGGGAGAACAAGAAGAGGAGUGAUAGGGUUGUUUGA